GGUUUGCAUUCAACAGAGCUGCUACUGCCUGAAAGAAAAUUAAGAUGGACAGAGCAACUUAAUUCAAAAGGACUUGCCAUGAGGUGCUAAGCCUUUUUUCAUUGAUUCGGAGAGACUGGACCUAAAUGGCGCAGCAUGACUUUGCUCCAGCCUGGCUUAAUUUUCCUACUCUACCAUCAUCAACAAAGUCAUCACUGAAUUUUGAGAAACAUUCUGAAAAUUUUUCAUGGGCAGAGAAUCGUUAUGAAGCAAAUCGCAGAAGACACAAUUCUUCGGAAGGGUUUGAUCCUAACACUGGAAGGCCAAAUGGAGGGCAUUUUGGGCGAAAAGAGAGGAAUGGCUGGCGUUCACAAGGCAGAAAUGCUCCAGAAAAUCUAAACCAACAUGGAGGGUACCAUGGUGGAGGUUCCCGUACUCGUAGCAGCACCUUCCAUUGUGGAAAAGGCCAGGGACUGCGUGAAAACAGUGUACUUGGUAAUGAAACCCAGAAAAAGGAAGUAAAAGAAGUACCCAACCAGUUUGAGGCUGAGGACUUCCCAUCUUUAAAUCCUGACUAUGAGAGGGAACCAAACCAGAAUAAAUCUCUAGCUGCAGGUGUGUGGGAGUACCCUUUAAAUCCCAAAUCUAGAUCUCAGAGAAUGCUGGUCAUUAAAAAAGGCAGUACAAAAGAACUGCGGAUAUCUGGAUUCCCAGUAGUGGGAGCUCUUCACUCGCAGCCGGUAAGGAAUGGAACUGGCACAAGUGUUUAUAAAGGAUUAGUCCCCAAACCUGUAACUCCACCUGCAAAGCCCACACAGUGGAAAAGCCAAGCAAAAGAAAAUAAACUUGGGAAUGUGUUUCCUCAUGAAUCUACAUAUGGUCCUUUCAAAUCAACUGUCAAGGCAUUUGCUGUAACACAAAAUUCAGUGAAAGAGUGUAAUCGGUCAAAUUCUUCAUCCCCUGUUGACAAAUCUGGUCAGCUUCGUUUAACAAAAUUGACAAGAAUGCGGACUGAUAAGAAGAGUGAAUUUUUGAAAGCAUUGAAAAGAGAUAGAGUGAAAGAGGAACAUGAAGAUGAGAAUCAUGAUGGACAAGAGAAGGAUGAUGAGUCCUUCAGCUUCCAUAACAACAACAGUUCUCAUCGUGAGAGAGAUAUGAACCAAAACUUUGAAAAUGAAAUUCUGCAGGAGAAUGGCAAUGCUUCAAUUACACCUCAGCAGAUCAUUCAGUCUUCAGCUUUCCCUCAGGCAAAUGUUCUUUCAAGCUCACUUGAGGCAGAGCAUAGGUUGUUAAAGGAGAUGGGCUGGCAGGAAGACAGUGAAAAUGAUGAAACAUGUGCUCCACUAACUGAGGAUGAGAUGAGGGAGUUUCAAGUCAUUAGUGAACAGUUACAAAAAAAUGGCCUUCGGAAAAAUGGCAUUUUGAAAAAUGGCCUCAUCUGUAAUUUUAAAUUUAGCCCCUGGAAAAACAGCACUUUCAAACCUGCUCUGGAGAAUGAGGAUUCUGAGACAAGCAGCAGUGAUACAUCAGAUGAUGAUGAUGUGUGAAGACUUCUGUAACACCUGUAGAAGUCCAUUUGUUCUUGUGAAGAUUGGGGAUGUUUUGUCCAAAAACAAAAAUUGUCAUUUGUGUAGUAACAUGCCCACUACAGAAAGAAUAAUGGGACUUUCCUCUGAAGGAAGCAAGGAAUUUUCUGUUGGGUGUGUUGAAAAUCAUUUUAAGUUCUCUGUAAACGAAUGUCGUAGAAUGAGGCCUUGUGUUGACCCAGUGUUGACUUCCAUCACUGAAGCAUUUCUGACUAGCAAUGUGACAAUGUUACAAAUCAGACUUUCUCACUUAAUAAUAAAAGCAAAGAAUUGUGUAAUAUCUUGCAAAGCUUCUGUCUUAAAAUGUCUAAGGAAGAAAAGGGCAGCUUGUCGCAGUGUUUUGCUUGCCAAGUCAUUUUUUUCUUACAGUGGAAAUCAUUGAGUCCACUUUGUAUGCAAAAGGGGCAAUGUACCAUGUUGGCUAAAAUGAGCGAAGUGCACUAAAACUCUUCCUUAACUGAGUUGUUGAACUGUUCUACAAAUAACUGCUCUUUAGCCAUUGGUUGUGUUGUCGUUGUUAUUAAUGGCAAAAGACCCUGAUGUUACAGUUCCAAAUUUCUAGAAUUAACUUUUAAAUUGAAGGCUUUAAGGGGUAUAGCAAGACCCUUAUUCUCACAGUGACUUGUGGGAAAAUAAGCAGUUUGAUUUUGCUAUUCAACAUGCGGAAAAAUCAUUACAGUGACUGGAUUUGUCCACUACAUGGGAAAUAAAUGAUUUACAGAGUAUUGCCUCACUGCACAGCAUCACGGGUAUUGUUUUUAAAACAGCUAAGUUUGUUUGCAUUUAUAGUACAUGUACUCUGGCAGCAGUGCAGUUGUGCAUUUCAGUGCAAGGUAAAAAUACCUAGUAAUUUCAUCACUGGAUCUUGCUUUUAUAGCAGCAGAAGUAUAUGUGUGCAAUAGCCACCUCUUUUGCUUACUCAGUGUAAGACUUUUUCUUUGUGAUCUCACAUUUAAAAACCAUUAUUGUAUUAUUUAUAGUUUUAGUUGGUUUAUUUUAGUUCUUUAAAUGUUGUCCAUGGUUGUGCAACCUGUGUAGCAUUAAUUCAUAAGCACAACUGCUCUUGGGGAUGUUGCAUAAGUUUAUAAUAUAGCACAUAUAUAUAUAUAUGUAUAUAUAUAUAGAUACUUCCCUGUCAAGAUGUUUUUGAAUUCUACUACUUCUUAUAGUAAAUUAUUUGCAGUUUAGAACUUGAAAGCAAAAAAAUUUAUAAAGUUGAGAUUCUGUCCAUAUUUCUUUAGGAAAAUACUUUUUUUAUAAGGUGACAUCAAUUUUGGGCCAAAUUUGGUAUGUUUCUCUUUUUUAUUUAUUGUUAAUUUAAAUAGGUAUUUCUUUUCAAGAGGUCAGUUUUUGUAUUAGAAGCUGCUUGCAAAUGUUGAUGUAGUUAAUUUUGGCCUGGUAUAUUUAAAUACUCAGUUUCUAAUCUAAAUUUAAGAGGAUAAAAAUGUUUCUUUUUUAAAAAGAAAACUGCAUUAUCUGUAAUGAUGUUUUUCCUACCUGCAUGCCUUAUACACCUUUUUCCUUUCCCUGUCCUGAAUUUUUUUUUACUGACUUUGACACAUGGUUGUAGUUUGUUCACUUUUUGGUUUUCACAUACUAUAAACAGGAUCUUCUGCCUAGCUUAAUUAUAUAGUGAUAUGUGGAUGCACUGUUUUAAUAGGAAGUGAAAAUGUUUUUCCUUGACAUUUCUCAAAGUGGGGUGUAGACUUUUCCCCCUUCUUUAUUCAGUUUUACUUUAUUUCAGUCACCUCAGGAAUUAACUCUCUGAGAAGUUAAUGUAAUUAUAGAAGAGCUGUGUUAAAAUUGUAUAGACUUUGGAAAUUUACAAGUUGGAAUUGAGAAAAUUAUCUUUAGAGGAAGUGGGAGUACUAGUCAUACUUGGUACUUCUUCUUUGCUAGUUUAUAUCCUGAAACUGGUAAUGGAAGCACUGAUUAUAAUGAACUGUGGACAAAGCAGGUAACAGGAACUAGGCAGUGGUUUUGCUUUGUAGAGUGAAACACUUUUAUAGCCUUCAUAACUUUUCUCUGACUGGUUUCUCCUCUUGUGUCUGCUGAUACUUGUGGAUUAAUUUCUGGUAGUUUCUACCAGUUCAGAGACUCCUCAUAAGUGUGUGUGGCCCCUGGCUUAAGUGGUUAUCUGCCUGCUCUGUUAUUUCUGUUGGCCCUUCAUGCCAGUGUGGGAAUGGAUGAGAUUUGAUAUUUCCACUGAGGAACUGGAUUCCCUUAUGUUAUAUUUGCUUGUGACAAAGCUGAGUAGAGUAUCCAUCCUCUUCUGUGUCACCUUAAG